AUGGAAGAAGCAAUAGGGAUAGAGUCCGAUGUUGCCAUAGAUAAAGAUAAGAUUCUCAAAUCCAAAUUCUUUUUAAUUGUUGAGAAAUUAUCGAGUGCCAUUAAUAUUGUCUUUUCCGGCGUACUUUUUUUGACCCCAUCGUUGUGCUAUUUAGAAGAUGAAUAUCCAGAAUUUGUGAACGUUAGUAGCAUUGCAUUUACUACCUUGACUUUAAUUGAUAUUUUUAUUCAGAUGACGUAUGGGUUUUUAUUAGUCAAGAAUGACUUACUUGAGGAUUCGUUCAAAAGAAAACCAAAAAGAUGUUUGAAAUCAGUAUGCUCUCGCUGUGCUGCUAGGAGGCAAGAUCCCAAAUGGUUCAAAUUGAAGUACUCGUUUAUACUACUAGCGACUUUCUUUUUCGGAGCUUAUUCGCUAUGGAAAAUCAAUACCUUCUUUAAAGCUGAUCAAACAGUUGAUUUCUAUCGACUAUUUCAUUUAUUCGGCUUUCAACUAAACGCACUUCUCAGUCUGAUGGUUUUUGUCUUUUAUGGCAAUCAGCUAGAAUCACAUAGUGGGCCUCUUGAAACGGACGAUGACCUCCUUGAAAGUCAGGCACUGCUUGGCAAUAAAAUGGUUUAG